AUGAAAGAGUUUGCGGGGUUCGCCCCCAGCCCCAGGAGCCCCACCCAGGAGCCCGUGGAGCCCACGCCUGGCCCGGCCGUGCUCCAGGAGGACGUGGACAUGAGCAGUGGCUCCAGCGGAAACGAAGCCAGCGAACACGGCUCCACGGGGCGGGACUUGCAGGGCGGCGACUGUGGCGGCAGCGGCAGGGAGCUGGGGCUGCAGGUGGAGCCGCCCGGCGCCCGCCAGAGUCCUGACGCCUUCAGCCUGAUGAUGGUGAAGGCCGACCACAACCCCUCGACGAGCGGCUGCAGCAGUGACCAGUCCGCCAAGGCGGACUCGCACCAGGAGCUGAUCAAAACGCUCAAGGAGCUGAAGGUCCACCUCCCCGCGGACAGGAAGGCCAAGGGAAAGGCCAGCACAUUGGCCACCCUGAAGUAUGCCCUGAGGAGCGUGAAGCAAGUGAGAGCCAGCGAGGAGUACUACCAGCUGCUGGUGUCCAGCGAGAGCCUCGGCUGCGGCGCCGACGUGCCGUGCUACACCGUGGGCGAGAUCGAGCGCGCCACCGCCGAGUUCGUCGUGAAGAACGCGGACAUGUUUGCUGCGGCCGUGUCCCUGGUCACCGGGAAAAUCCUGUACAUCUCCGACCAGGUGGCCCCCCUCUUCCACUGUAAGAGGGACGCCUUUCGUGACGCCAAAUUCGUGGAGUUCUUGGCGCCCCACGACGUGGGCGUGUUCCACAGCGCAACCACGCCGUGCCGGCUACCGCCGUGGAGCGUCUGCAGGGGGGCAGAUUCUUUCACUCAAGAAUGCAUAGAGGAGAAAUCUUUCUUCUGCCGUGUCAGUGUCGGGAAGAACCGUGACAGUGACAUGCGCUACCAGCCGUUCCGCAUGACACCCUACCUGGUCAGGGUGCCGGAGCCGCAGGGCGCCGAGAGCCAGCUGUGCUGCGUGCUGCUGGCAGAGAGGGUGCACUCCGGCUAUGAAGCCCCUAGAAUUCCUCCCGAAAAGAGAAUUUUCACGACCACACAUACACCAAACUGCCUGUUCCAGGACGUGGACGAAAGGGCGGUCCCCCUCCUGGGCUACCUGCCUCAGGACCUGAUCGAGACGUCCGUGCUCCUGCAGCUUCACCCCAGCGACAGGCCCCUGAUGCUCGCCAUCCACAGAAAGAUCGUGCAGUCCGGCGGCCAGCCUUUCGACUACUCGCCCCUGCGGUUCCGCGCCCGGAACGGGGAGUACGUCACGCUGGACACCAGCUGGUCCAGCUUCGUCAACCCCUGGAGCAGGAAGAUCUCCUUCAUCAUCGGGCGACACAGAGUCAGGGUGGGCCCUUUGAAUGAGGACGUGUUCUCCACUCAGCCGUGCCUGGAGGAGAAGGCCCUGCACCCCGGCGUCCAAGAGCUCACGGAGCAGAUCCACCGGCUGCUGCUGCAGCCCGUCCCCCACAGUGGCUCCAGCGGCUACGGGAGCCUGGGGAGCAACGGGUCCCACGAACACCUCAUGAGCCAGACCUCCUCCAGUGACAGCAACGGCCACGAGGACGCCCGCCGCAGGAGAGCCGAAAUUCCUAAAAAUGCUAACAAGGUCAAAAACAAAAAUCAUUAUUCGGAUGAAUCUGGAGAACAGAAGAAAAAAUCUUCUACAGAAAUGCAAAGUGGUUCCCCUGCUCAAGUGACAGCCGUCCAGGCCAUGGAGGACAGCUCAGGUGCCAGCCCACCGAAGGCCACCUUUCCCGAGGAGCUGGCUUGCAAGAACCAGCCGGCCGGCUCCUACCAGCAGAUCAGCUGCCUAGACGGCGUCAUCAGGUAUCUGGAGAGCUGCAGUGAGGCCACCACCCUGAAGAGGAAGUGUGAGUUCCCCACAAAUGUCCCCACACAGAAGGCCAGCGACAAGCGGAAGGCCACAGGCAGCCCCGGGCCACCUCCCACAGAGGCAGCUGCACCCUCUGGAAUAAACAGGCACGCGGACGUCAGUGCACGCUUGCCGUCACUGACGCUGCCGGGCAAGGCGGAGAGCGUGGUGUCCCUCACCAGCCAGUGCAGCUACAGCAGCACCAUCGUGCACGUGGGUGACAAGAAGCCGCAGCCCGAGCUAGAGACCGUGGGAGACCCUGCCAGUGGGCCCGAGUCCCUGGACUGCGGCCUCGGCCAGGACCAGGAGCCCUUCCGGAGGCUGGGCCUCACCAAGGAGGUGCUGGCCGCCCACACCCAGGGAGGAGCAGUUUUUUUUUAGUUCAAGGAAACCAGGAAGCUCAGCGUUCUCCAGAGUCGCUGCCACUACUACCUCCAAGAGCGGUCCAAGGGGCAGGCGGCCGAGAGAACUGCUCCUGGACUAAGAAAUACCACGGGAUUAGAUUCAUCUUGGAAGAAAACCGGGAAGAACAGGAAAUUGAAGUCUAAACGGGCCAAGCCUCGAGACUCCUCUGGGAGCACCGGGUCUGGGGGGCCCGUGCCCCACCGGCCCCCGCUGGUGGGCCUGAACGCCACAGCCUGGUCAGCGUCGGACACCUCCCAGUCCAGUUGCCCCGCAGUGCCCUUCCCCGGCCCCGUGCCAGCGUACCCACUGCCGGGGUUCCCAGCCCCGGGCAUCGUGCCAGCUCCAGGGGCCGUGGGGGCGGCACCCAUGGCUCCCCACGCCGGCUUCGCAGUGCCCACUGUGCCCAUGGACGCCCAGCACGAGUUCACAGUGCAGCCCGCGCCGUUCGCUGCCCCCUUGGCUCCAGUCAUGGCGUUGGUGUUACCCAGCUACCCCUUCGCCCCAGUGACCCCCAGCCUGCCCCAAGCCUUCUUCCCCGGCCAGCCGAACUUCGCGUCCCAGACCCCCGCCUCGCAGCCCCAGCUCCCUGGCCGGACUUCACCCCCCAAGCAGCCCUGCGCUUGUCCUCGGGCAGAGCGUGUGCCACCAGUGUCACGUGUGGCCACCCCGGCCACCCCCCUGUCGGCCACCGGGCCCACGGGCCGGGCGUCCCCGCCCCUGUUCCAGUCCCGCGGCAGCUCACCCCUGCAGCUCAACCUGCUUCAGCUGGAAGAGGCCCCCGAGGGCUGCACCCCGGCUGCGGGGGCCGCAGGGGCGACAGGCGCCUCUUGGGACUGGCAGCCGACGGCACCGCCAACCCGUGAUGAGCCCUCAGAUGCCCAGAACAGUGAUGCCCUCUCCACGUCCAGUGACCUGUUUGACCUCCUGCUGCGCGAGGACCUCUGCUCGGCCGCGGGGUCGGCCCUGUCCAGAAGCGGGGCCUCCGCCACCUCUGACUCCCUGGGCUCCAGCUCUCUGGGCUGUGACGUGUCCAGAAGUGGGACAGGCAGUAGCGACACAGGUCACACCAGCAAGUAUUUCGGAAGCAUUGACUCCUCAGAGAACAAUCACAAAGCAAAAGUGAAGACAGACAUGGACGAAAGUGAGCACUUCAUCAAGUACGUCCUGCAAGACCCCAUCUGGCUGCUGAUGGCCGACACGGACGACAGCGUCAUGAUGACCUACCAGAUGCCUUCCCGAAAUUUGGACGCGGUUCUGAAGGAGGACAGAGAGAAGCUGAGGCUGCUGCAGAAGCUGCAGCCCAGGUUCACGGAGGGCCAGAAGCAGGAGCUGCAGGAGGUGCACCCGUGGGUGCGCUCGGGCGGCCUCCCCGCAGCCGUGGACGUGGCGGAAUGUGUUUACUGUGAAAGCAAGGGAAAAGGUGACAUUUGUGUGCCAUAUGAAGAGGACAGCCCUGCUCUGGGACUUGGUGAAGUGGCAGGCACCAAAGAAGAGGAAAAUGGACCCCCCUCGAGUCAUAAGAAUGGAGAGCAGACGUAACCCCCAUCCCGUCCCAUGGGAAGACAGGACAGCGUCACGUUGGUUUCUAAUGAAAUGGCGGGUAUACUUAUGUUGGUUCUUUCUUGUUUUAGAAAAAAAAACCCGCAUAGUUUUCCGAAGGGCGACUUAAAACUGUAGAGGGUGUGAAGGGUUUGGGAAGAAAUACAUUUUUAUAUUUUAAAAUAUUGAUGUGAACUUUGGAAUAUAGGGAAGAGAGCUUUCUUGUAAUGUAACCUGAGAAAGGCUGAACCCCCUUUGUGUCGGGGGGCUGCCUGAAUGCUGGCAGAAGUCCUAGGUCCAUACUGAGCCUCUGUCCAGCGCACCAGUGUGCACUGGCCCCCUGUGGGGUGUCCCAAGGCAUCACAGGCUGUGAGCACAUGCGGCUCAGCUGAGGGCACUGGCCUUCUGGAGCUUUCCCAGGGUGUCUGGACAGGAGGAAUUCUGUCCUCUCUUGGGGCUGCUGCUCACCCGUAUUAUCAUCUAGUCAGACUCAGUGUUGUAAAAACAUGCCAAUUAGGGAUCACAGCCUAUCCUAAUUUUCUUUCAAAAUAUGGCCAUUAAGUGGCGUGAAGUGUGGUUCAGCACACCUGCAGCCUCGGCUCCAGCUGCCUGUGGCAGGCGCUUCUGCCUGACGCACCUUCGUCUGGGGUGACAAAGCCGAAUGCUUGCUCUGCACUAAAGAAGCCUCGUGGUCAUGUGACCAGCGCUGUCAGCCUAGCACGCCCAGCCCUCCGCGUGUGUCCGCGUCGCUCGUGGGCCUCUCCAGGCUGUGACCACACGUGGACAAAACUGUCGUCGGUCCUCUCCUUGUGUGACUUCCGUCUGCAGCCCAGGCUUUGGUCCUCUCACCUGGGCCGCGUCCGUGUUGGCCCUCCGGCUGACGCCGCCCGGCCACGAGCCCGGCCCUGGCCCAGAGCAGCGGCGGCGCCUGUGAUUCCCCCUCGACCCCUGACCCCGGGCCGAGACAGUGGCCCUCUGUCUCCAUGGGCCCGACCUCACUUGGGGCGGCUUCUGGUCUCGUCCCCUAGUGUCACUGGCACUUCAGUGUCCUUGGAACACUGGGGAGAGCGAGGCCAAUCUGCCCGGCUUUUUGCUAAACCUCAUGCUGCAUCACACGCCCCAAAGACUGUUUGGGAAAAUGUCCCUGGUCCCUGGACUGAGUGAGAAGGUCCCACUGCUGAAGCGAUGACUUAAUGUUGGACCAAGCGUGGGAACUAAAAGGGAGCAGGUUUUCCCUCGUCCUGUGACAGAGAAGUGGCUGCUAGAACGGGUGACGGUGAUGUCUCCUUGUGUUCCAGUUGGUUUUCAUAGGAAAACCAUCUUAUUGCCUGAAUAUCGAUCCUAUUUUUAUAAACUCAAACACGAAACGCCGUUUAAAUGGUUUUUUUCAUUUACAAAGUAACGUCACUUUCAAGCAGCGCACAUGUGGCAGUUAGAUGCUGCCGACUGCUUCCGGCCUCUGAAGUCCCGUCGGUAAGGGAUUAAACAAUAGAGAAGGCUACGUUUUUGUCACCUGAACAAACUGCCACAACGUCCUCUACUGUUAUGAAUGUUUGCCGCCAGCAUUAUUUCAUUAUUUAUGCUCGUCAAGGGCGCAGCUUCCACGUGCUGAGGAGCUGCGGGCGGCAGCAUUUGGUGAAGUUGUUUACACCGUGCCGCGUCGAGUCUUCUGUGUUUUUGGUAGUGUGCUUACACGGGUAUUAUGAAAACUCUCGAUUUUAAACUGAGCCUUCUUUUUAAUGUUCCUAAGAAGAAAUGUAAAUAAGCUCUGGGUCGGCACCGACCCGUUAAGCCUUGCCGGACAAGUGGUUUGUUCACGCACAAACCAAGCUUUCUCCACCCAGUGCAAUGCGUUUGUUCGACUGCUUGUGUCUUUUUAUGACUUUUUUGCCUUUUAGAAAAUUGGUAAAUAAAGUAAGUAUAUUUUUA